AUGUCAGACCAGCCCAUCAAAGGUUCUUCUGAGAUGGAGGUGGAUCUGCUUACAAUCGAUGCAAAAGCCUUGCAGACACUUCUGAGUCAGGGCGAAAUCACAAGUCUGGACCUUGUCAGACAGUAUGUAGCCCAGAUAAAAAGACACGAUGACAAGCUGCAUGCCAUGAUCCAAGUCACCCCAAAUGAUCUACUCGAGGCGAUUGCAAAAACGCUUGAUCAAGAACGAGCUUCUGGGAAGACGCGAGGGCCAUUGCAUGGCAUCCCCAUCAUAAUCAAAGAUAACAUUGCUACCCAUCCAAGCCUUGGUCUUCCUACCACUGGUGGGAGCCUUGCGCUCUUGAGCUCGAAGCCUAAGAAGAAUGCCGAAAUUAUUGAUCAAAUCCUUGAUGCUGGUCUUAUCAUUCUUGGAAAGGCUAAUUUGGCUGAAUUUGCCAAUGCUAGAGGAUCUGAUAUGCCCAACGGCUGGUCCGCAGUAGGUGGCCAGACACAAUCAGCUUAUAUCCUUGAUGGGAUUGAUCCAAAUGACUCGCCAGAGGGUCAUUCAAACCCAUCGGGAUCAUCUACAGGCUCAGCCGUCAGUGUCUCAGCUGGCUACGCACCCUUUUCCAUUGGAACAGAGACAGAUGGGUCGCUUGUCAGUCCAUCUGGUCGAGCCGCACUGUACACAAUCAAACCAACUAUUGGACUGGUGUCUCAAGAUGGCAUUAUACCGAUUUCUAGCAACUUCGAUGCAGCCGGACCUAUGACAAAGUCAUCGCAUGACUUGGCUACUCUUUUGGAUGUCCUGGCUGGCAAGUCCGGCUCGGACUCUUUCACCAAUCAUCUGACAUGCUCAUGGUCUGAUCUCUCUGUUGCAGUCCUCGAUCCUGAAAACUGGAAGAAUUCAGAGACCAGCGUUAGACCUGUUGAUGGUGCAGAAGCUCAGAUUAGCCGUGAGAUCCGCCAAGCGUACGAGAUCAUCAAAUCAAAGGCAAAGAAGUUCGUUGAUAAUAUCGAUCUGGUCUCCCCGGACACGUUCCGAAUUGGAAGAGAAGGCAGCGAAUGGGCCAUUAUCAAGGCGGAUAUGAAACCCCAACUCAAUGCCUACUUUGAAAGCCUUGCAGAGAGUGAAGUCCGGUCUCUAACAGAGGUGAUUGAGUUCAAUGAGAAACAUGCAGAUCUGGAGCUUCCUUCGCAUCAUCCCAGACAAGACAAUCUCAUCGAUUCUGAAAACCAGCAGCUCUCCACAGAAGAUUAUGACCGACACCUGUCAUUUCUCAGACAAAUGGGAGGUGAAAAAGGUGUGGACAUGGCUUUGAAACAGUAUGGUGUGGAUGUUAUACUGGGUCCCAUAGAUAGUGGGCUCACAUCUUUGGCGACAGCUGCAGGUUAUCCCCUUUGCGCAAUGCCAUUAUCCUACCUUGAUUACAAUGGUCGCCCCUUUGGGGUUGCAGCUAUCGCAGGAAAACACCAAGAGCACCUUUUGGUCAAAGUCAUGAGUGCCUGGGAAGCGACUUUUCCUGCCCGAAAGCCCCCUCCACAGCUAGUGAAGAUUCCUUGA